AUGUCUGUCUUCAAUAACUCAGCCCUUUAUCCUCAGUUCCUUUUAACAGGCUUCCAAGGAUUGGAGGCCAAAUAUAGUUUGAUCUCUCUCCCCAUCUGCCUGAUCUACAUCAUUUCCAUUGCAGGAAACAUCACCAUCCUUUUCAUCAUUCGGACAGAGCCCUCCCUCCACCAGCCCAUGUACUACUUUCUGUCCAUGUUGGCCUUGACAGACCUGGGUCUGUCUACUGUGACCCUGCCCACUAUGUUCAGUGUCUUUUGGUUCCAUGCCCGGGAGAUCUCCUUCAUUGCUUGUGCAGUCCAAAUGUACUUCAUCCAUGUUUUUUCCAUCAUUGAGUCAGCUGUGUUGUUGGCUAUGGCGUUUGAUCGUGUUGUGGCAAUCCGGGAACCUCUCCGCUAUUCAGCCAUCCUCACUAAUAGUGUCAUUUUUAGGAUUGGACUAGCCAGUGCUGGAAGAGCCCUUAUCCUGGUUUUCCCAGUCCCUUUCCUCUUGAAAAGGUUGCAAUUUCGUAGCAUCAAUACUCUUUCCUACCCCUUCUGUCUGCAUCAGGAUCUCAUCAAGCUGACAACAUCUAGUCGGAAAAUCAGCAGCAUCUAUGGCCUUAUGGUAGUCAUCUCCUCCAUGGGAUUGGACUCAGUAUUGCUUCUGCUAUCCUAUAUACUCAUACUAGUCACAGUGCUGAGUGUUGCCUCUAAGGCAGAGCGUGUUAAAGCUCUAAACACCUGCAUCUCCCAUAUUUGUGCUGUGCUUACCUUCUACACACCCAUGAUUGGGUUGUCCAUGAUCCGCCGCUAUGGGCAGAAUGCUUCCCCAAUGGUCCAUGUCUUGAUGGCUGAUGUUUACCUGCUUGUCCCACCACUCAUGAACCCUAUUGUGUACAGUGUCAAGACCAAGCAGAUUCGCCUGCGCAUCCUCAAGAAGUUUAAGAAGCAGAAGGGCUAGGGGAGGGGGGUGCCUAGUAUGUCUUCUUCUUAAUAGAAUUGAUCAUAACUUACUUAGAACCUACCUUUGCUUCUAAUGCCACUUGCAUUGGCCAUGAAGGUCCUAUAGUGAAGGUAUUUUUCCCCAAAAAGAGGAGAAAAUUGAAGAAAUGAGACAGAUAAUGACUGGAGCUAAAAAAGAAACCCUGUGUGUAGGCAAUUAAAGCACUGUUAAAUAGAAGAGGAAGAAACUUGGUUUGU